CAAAGAGAAACAACUCUGAAAAUAUUUAGAUAUUUUGUAAACAUUCAAGAAUUCACUUCUGUUAAAUUUAGGGUAGUAAUUAUAUAACCUAUUACCUAGGUCUAAUCAUGAGCGUUGUGAUAGGGGGAGGAACUGGUUUUAUUGGUCGUCAUGUCUCCAGACUUGCUGCUGGUAAAGGCUUCAAAGUUAUUUCAGUAUCAAGGAAAGUAGCUCCUAAUUGUAUGACAUGGAAUGAUCUGACACGUAAUGGAUUGCCUGGAGAUUGUGUUGCUGUGGUCAGUAUGUCAGGGGAGCCAGUGCUUCAGCCUUUCAAAAAAUGGACAGAUGAAUUUAAAGCGAAAGUUAAAGACAGCAGAAUCACAUACACAAAAGCUUUAAAACAAGCCAUCUUGUCUGCAGCUAAACCACCAAAAGUCUUUGUGUCACUGUCAGGAAUAGGUUUCUACAAAGAUGAUCUCCACAAAGAGUACACAGAGAAUGAUCAAUGUGAGCCUUACAACUUCCUGUCAGAGUUGACCAAAGAGUGGGAGGAAGCAGCUAAGUUACCAGACAACAGUUCUACUCGGUCAGUUAUUGUCAGAACAGGAAUAGUUCUUGGCAAAGAUGGAGGUGUUAUUCAAAAUAUGAAGAUGCAAUUUUACCUUGGACUGGGUGGUCCCAUUGGUUCAGGGAAGCAGUGGUUUUCAUGGAUACACAUAGAAGACAUGGCAGGUAUCAUACUGUAUGCCAUUGAAAAUGAUAAGGUCACUGGCAUCCUCAAUGGCACAGCCCCCAACCCGGUCCGAAGCGAAGAGUUUACCAAAGCCUAUGCGUCGGCUCUCUGGCGACCUCAUUUGAUUCCAUUGCCAAGUUUGGUGUUGAAUGCAGUGUUUGGAACAGAAGCUGGAACCAUUUUAAUGGAAGGUCAGAAAGUCUUGCCCAAGAGAACUCUGGAGUUUGGUUACAAGUUUAAAUAUCCCACAAUUUCUGAAGCUUGUAAGCAGUUAGCUACUUGAGCUGCUUCUGAGUUAUGUCCCAUUAGUGUUUGUACAGAAUGGAUGUCUUUAUUUUCAUAUAUUUUUGUAUGUUUUUUUUUAAAAUGAAGACAUCAACUAUUUGAGUUUUACACUGAGCUGAUUGAUACAUGGUAAACAAAAUAGUUGAUGGAUUUUGUAUUUUUUUGCUUUCUAUAUUCUGUUGUUAUGUAAGCAACAUUUAUUGUGAUACUACUCUGGCACAUUAACAUUAAUUCUACUAAUCAAGAGAAUUAAAAUUAGCAUAAGAGGGCUUGUCUUUUGAGUCUGAAGAUUAAUGAGGAGUGCAGUAUUGCAUGGGGCUACAUCUUUUGCCACAUCCAGUGCAGACAACCAUUUUCUGCUGGUGGUUGAUUUCAAUUUUUUAAUUAUAUUCAAGCUGAAGGUAGUUAAACUUUAUCCUGAAAUUUACAUCAUCCUAGUUAUGAACUACUUUGUACUUCUUACAAGAGAAUUGAUGUUCUUUUAUUAUAUUUAAGCUGAAGGUAGUUAAACUUUAUCCUGAAAUUUACAUCAUCCUAGUUAUGAACUACUUUGUACUUCUUACAAGAGAAUUGAUGUUCUUUUAUUAUAUUUAAGCUGAAGGUAGUUAAACUUUAUCCUGAAAUUUACAUCAUCCUAGUUAUGAACUACUUUGUACUUCUUACAAGAGAAUUGAUGUUCUUUUAUUAUAUUUAAGCUGAAGGUAGUUAAACUUUAUCCUGAAAUUUACAUCAUCCAAGUUAUGAACUACUUUGUACUUCUUACAAGAGAAUUGAUGUUCUUUUAUUAUAUUUAAGCUGAAGGUAGUUAAACUUUAUCCUGAAAUUUACAUCAUCCUAGUUAUGAACUACUUUGUACUUCUUACAAGAGAAUUGAUGUUCUUUUAUUAUAUUCAAGCUGAAGGUAGUUAAACUUUAUCCUGAAAUUUACAUCAUCCUAGUUAUGAAUUACUUUGUACUUCUUACAAGAGAAUUGAUGCCUUAGGGACUGAACAAAGAAAGAGUGAUGAUUUUCUAGAUUUUGUUUUUUUACAACUCUGAUAUUAAUCAAACAUUUUAUUUGACCCUGAAUUACAUUUAAAGUAUUACUGAUGUUUUUGUUAAUUGUAUUAGUGUGAUUGUGUUAGAUCUGAUUACUAAGGAUGUACUGAUAGACAAUAAUGCUAACCAUGUUAUUGUGGUAGAUCUGAGUCACAGUGUGUACAGAUGAACUUGACUAAUAGGUUAAGCAAACUAAAUUAACUUCUUUGACAUUGUGUUGAUAGUCUUGUUUAUUGAGCAAUAAAAUUUUAAAAGUUCACCAUA